UAUUGAAGAGAUAUAUUCCCAUUUAAAGUAUUGGCUUAUUAUGUAAUUCGAUUAUACUUUGAUUUCUUCUUCUUUUUUUUUUUCUUUUUAAUAAUCAUAAUGAUACCUUAAAUAUUCGCAUAUAGGAGAAGAAGCUAACCGACGUCGCUGUGUAGAGGUGACCAAGAAAAUUUACAAUGGAGAUUGGCCAGCUAUAAGGGAGUUUAUUUAUUCUGACAUGGGUCGAACAUUUCCACCUAUUACAGACUUUGUUGAAACUGUUCUUCAAGUUGCAGUCAGGGCCGAGCAAGAUGAGAUCGCCAAGAAAUUGGCAAAGACAAUGUCAAAAGCAGAUCUGGAGAAAAAGGAUUGCAAUGGUCACACAGUUCUCUCUUAUGUUGCAUUUCAGGGAAGAACAAACUUAGCAAAAUUCCUAGUCCUACUGAAUCGAGAUUUGCUUACCAUUGUAGACAAUGCAGGCAAUAUCCCGCUUACUAGGGCAUGUGGUUUUGGCCAUAAGGAGAUGGCAUACUACCUUUACGAAGUAACCCCUUGUGAUUUAUUGGAACCGGGAAAAGAAGGCAAUCAUGGAUUCCAUCUCAUGCGCUGCUGUAUUGCUAAUAAAAUGUUCGGCUUAAAGGUGGAGUUACCAACAAUACCCACCACUCCGACCAAAGACAUACAACUUGAUGUUGCUGACCAAGGCUACGUCGUCGAAAGGAACAUUGGGAAACGAGUAUUUAACGGACUUCGUGGAUUGGGUUUAAAGGUGCAAGAGUUCUUUGGAAUCAAACAAAUUUAUGAUUUGAAGUUGAGGCAUCGCUAUGCAUGUGAGGUUCUUCACUGCAUGUGUAAUCAUGUUUCAGCUUUCGAACUGACUCAUCAGCAUGAUGAUUAUGGAGUGGGUGCUCUACUAUUUGAAGCUACCAAGCAUGGAAUAGUUGAAUUUGUAAUUGAGCUCUGUAAAGCCAACCCAUCAUUUGGUUUUAAAACUAAUAAUGAUGGCAGACUCGCUUUCAUGGUUGCAGUCCAACAUCGUCAAGAAAAAGUUUUUAACCUCAUUUAUGGUGCUAAUGAGGCAUGGAAGGCUGAAAAUCUUAAUAAAUUAGAUAAAGAUGGGAACAAUAUUUUACAUAUGGCAGGGGCGUUGGCUCCUGAUUUUAAAAGUGUUGGAAUCUGUAGUCCCGCAUUACAGAUGCAAAAAGAACUCCAAUGGUUUAAGGAGGUGGAAAGAAUUGUUCCAGAAUGGUGCAAAGAAGCUAAAAAUAAUAAUGGUGAUACCCCCAAGGAUGUGUUUACCGAGAGCCACAAGGCAUUGGUGAAAGAUGGGGCGAGAUGGAUGACGGAGACAGCAAGUUCUUUUAUUAUUCUCAGUAUUCUCCUUGUAACCAUCAUGUUUGCAGUAUCUUUUACUGUUCCAGGCGGCGACAAUCAGAAUAAUGGGUUACCCAUACUCUUAGGCAAAAAAUUAUUUAAGAUAUUUAUAAUAACCGAUGCAAUAUCAUUCUUUGCCGCAUCUACUUCAGGUUUAAUAUUUUUGGGAAUCCUAACGUCACGCAAAGCUGAAGAAGAUUUUCUUUUGUCCUUACCUCGGAAGUUGAUGAUCGGCCUUAUCACUCUCUUUAUUUCCAUUGCAACAAUGAUGGCUAGCUUUUCUGCUGCUCUUUUGAUCAUGCUACAAGUUCAACUGUGGGCAUUAAUUCUCAUAACUUUGGCGGCUGUCAUUCCAACCAUGGUUUUUGGAUGGUUGCAGUUUCCCCUCAUUUGUGAAAUUAUUGUCUCAACAUGUUCUCAGGGAAUCUUUAACAGAAAAAUGAAGCCUUGGCUGGUUAAUUUACAAUAAAGUUGAAACAUAUUUUGUGAUGUAGGUUGAGCAGUUUCCACUCCAGGUUGAAAUUCUAUUAGCUUGUUUGGUUAGCUGUAUUUGAACUCUCAAUUUCCCUAUUUUAUUUGGUUGUAUUUUAACAUUUCUUGGUUUUUGUGAGACUGUGAUAUGAAUAUAUGUACCUUCCUUCG